AUGUCACAUCCACCUCCACCACCAACAACCCUAUCCACAUCCACGUCCCCAGCCCUGAUAGCGGCCCGCGGCACUCCCUCCUCUUCGACCCUCACAACCCCCCCAUCCCCAACUACAACCUGCAACCACGAAGCAAUGGUAGUCGACCUCCCGCAAAUCGAAGGCCUCCCAAUGUCCCGCUCCGUGUGGGCCAUGCCGCGCUGGGACGAAUCGCUCGCAGGCAUGACGGCGUGCUGCAACCUCAAGCCCGACAACGAGGUGCGCAUGGGGGGACCGGACGGGUGCGCGCUGUGGUGUUUGAUUCCGGACGUUUUCCUCUUCGAACAAAAAGAAAAGUUGAGAAGGACGGGGGACGACGACGACGACGAACGGCAAGAGGUGGGAUCGCGCCGUGGUGUCGUCGGCUAUGAGGCAGUGUGUGAAGGAUAA